AUGGAUAUUGAGCGAGAAGAAAAAACAAUUAAAAAGAAAUACAAGCGAAUAAAUAUCACUGAGCCAUUGGAUUUUAAUUCAUACUCAUCAAAUCUCGAUGAAAAACAACAAUGGUGCAACAUCUUAUCAAUUGAUGGUGGUGACAUUCGAGGUAGCAUUCCUGCUAUUUGGCUAAUGGAACUUGAACGGCAGAUUCGACGACCGAUUUCAUCGAUAUUUGAUGUUAUAGCUGGCACAUCAACCGAAUAUUUUGGUAGUGCAACACUAUCGGAUGCUAAGAGCGAACUGGUUAUACCAGCCGUGAAAAGUGGUGGAAGCGUCACUGACAUAUUUACACGAUUUAAUAGUCAUCAAGAUUCAACAAAAAAUUUUUGUCUUACAGAUAUACUCAUGUGUACAACAGCUGCACCAACAUAUUUCCCUGCUUAUCAAUUCAAUAGUAGUGUCUAUGUUGAUGGUGGUGUACAAGCAAAUAUCCCGGCAAUGAUUGCUUAUGACCACGCUUCAAAGUCUUAUCCACAUUAUGAUAGAAAUCGUGUUCGUCUUCUAUCCUUGGGUACUGGUGAUUAUGUUCCUGAUCCAUUGAAUCUCAAUGCCAAUAGGAAUCUCCUAUUCUGGGCGCGAAAUCAUCAAUCAGUAUUCAAAAUAUUGAUGGAUGGCCCUCAAAAUAAUAUAGAUCUUCAUCUGAAUAGUGUUCUUGGUGACAAUUGUUAUCGAUGGCAAAUAUGGCUCGAAAAUCCUAUUGAUCUUGAUGAUAUUCAAGACAAGAGUAUCAAUCGACUUAUAGAUUUAGCUCAUGGGCAUUUGGAAGAAAUGGAAGCAUACGAUAAUCGUCAUCGACUUGGUUGUUUGAUUGAAAAAUUUCGUUCAUGA